GCGAUAAUCGAAGUUGGUAGUCUCACAUGACAGAGAAGGAGAGGGAGAGAGCGUAAGAAGAUCGUCCAUUAAUUAUUUAUCAAUUCAGUCGUUAUCUGUCACAAGUUAUUAUCUGCGUCAUCUCCAGAUGUUUGUCGAUCGAAUUUUCAUAUACGUCCCGCUGUUGGCAAUCGUUGUUGUGUUCGCGAUACACGUCGACAACAUUGAGAGCGAUACGUAACGAAGAGACGUUUCUCUCGAUUAAAACAACGUGUCAGCGAAAGGACGAUUUAACGAGGACGUAGUUUUUUUCUUUUAGAUCGCGCAGUUUGUAUUAGAAUAAUCGGAUUGUAUUGUCAUGAAGCAUCGUUCUUCGAUUUUCAGAAAGGAGCAGCGUUUACUUCGAAGUAUCGUUCUGUGUUGACAAAUCAAUCUUUCGACGAGAUAACCUCUCAGCUGGCGGAUUUUGAUUAUCAAUCUUGGAUAAAAUGUCAUUGAUCGAAGGAGUUGGCGAUGAAGUCACAGACUUUUUCAUUGUUAUGAGUAUAUUGCUGGUUGGAUGGCUCGCUUGGUGUUCGACGAGUAUAGCGGAUCAGCCAUUGAUACGUACUGUACUUAUAUUACGUGAUCGGACGCCAACGCGUAUCGCGGCAAUAAGAGCCAAUCGUCAAAAUGUAAGCAGCAUUAGUCAAGAUGUUGGGCGACCACCAAAUUUAGAAACAACAGAAGAGGAAACAAACGAAACAGCUUCUGAUAAUGAUAGUAUACAAUCAAACUGUCCAAAUGCAUCUGCCAUGGAUAUUAGUGAAACUCAAGAUGUCGCUAGACCAAUGGAGUCUACAACAGCAGAAGAAGUACUUAUCGAAACCAUGGAUUCAUUUAGCAAUGAUGAUUCAACACUGCUUCAUAGAUCUGUUAAAGCAGAUAAUUCUGAUACGACAAAUAUUAUAGACCAAACUUGUGGUAGUUCGUCAGAAUGUACAACAGAAGAUUCGAUAAGCGAUAGCAAUGAAAUCACUAUAAAAUUAAAAUUCAUAAACGAUGAUCAGAAACUAGUUACUGGCAGUCUUAAAGAAAUGCUAGGUGAUUUUAAAAGGAGGCACUUUCAAAUGGAAUUGGAAGCGCAUAAAUCAGUACGAUUAGUAUUCAAUGGUCGCGUAUUACAGCCCGACACUCAAACUCUUGAGCAAUGCGGCUUAUUCAAUGAUUGCGUAGUUCACUGUUGGGUGCAUCAACCGCGGCCAGCUACCGUAUCAUCAUCCCAGACAUCUACAUUGGAUAAUUCGUCGUCCAUCUAUUUUAAUUCUCAAUCGUUCUCAGACCUGCCCACGGGCACGGGUCUCAGUUCGGUGCACAAUGAUUGGGACCUGAGUCGACUCUUAGUAAGCAUCCUGACGAUUGUUUUAGGUCUCGCGUGGUACUCGCGGUAUCAUUACGCUCAACUUUUUACCGCGACGACCACGCUUGCACUUUACGCGCUAACUGCGAUCUUUACUGUCUCCCUAUUUAGUAAUUUCUUUCCUGAUCAAGACAACAUUCGAAACGUCGAAUAAAACUGCAAUUACUACGCUGUAUAUGUUAAUGAAAGCACUUUAAAUACAAAUGGUUUAUUAUAUGAUUUAAUAAUAUGAUUACUUGAUUUAAUUUGAUUAUUUAAUCACAUAGAAAUCUUGAUCACUAAGCAUUUGUUUUUAAUGUGACACUUUCGAAAUCAUAUUUACUUUAACAAAGACGAGUUUGUUCUACAAUUUGAUUUUUAUUAUUUUUCUAGAUGUUGAUUUUAAUGUGUAUCUCUAUAAGUAGCUUAAUUCAAGAAAUAAAACAUAAUACAACACAUGCAAUGCACAUUUCUAAAGUAAAUUUCUUUCAAAUUAUAUUUAAGCCGGUUACAAGAGUAAUCCUAUAUACAAUUGAAGUGUUAAAUUAUCGUAUAAAAUUUAGUAACAUUUUUGUGAAAAAUUGCGAAUAUAAUAGACAUAUUAUAUGCAAGUAUUUUCACAAGAAAUAUCACUUUGUAUCAUACAAUAAUUGGAAAAAUAUCUUGCAUAAAAUAAGUUGUGC